AUGGAUAAUUCUAUCAAUGAUGUUGUGAAUGAUGUUGAUGUUAUGAUUGAAAUAGAGGACAAUGAAAGAGACAAUGAAAAAGCUGUAAAUGACAAAAACCCAUUUGAAAAGAAGUCUAGAAAAAGGACAUCCCAAGCUUGGAAAGAAUUUACUGAAGUAGUCCUUCUAGAUGGUACGAAGAAGGCUCAAUGUCACUGGUCCAAAACACAAUUUACAAUUCAUGUAACUGGUGCUACAACUCAAGUUCUAAGGUGUUAUAAAUUUUGGGGCGUUACAUUAUCAUUUUCUACAAUUGGAUCCGAUAGUGUGACCAAUGUUUUUUCCCUCACGUAUGAUCAUGCGAAGGUAAGGGAAGCUGCUUCUCACAUGAUACUUUAUCAUGAGUAUCCUUUUAUGAAAAUGGAGCAUGUUUUGUUUAACAAGUUUAUGAGGACCGCUACCCCAUAUUGGCAAAAGAUUAGUCGUGCAAUAGCAAAAAAUGACUGUGUAUCAACCUAUGACAUUCAGAAGAAGAAGUUGAAAGCAUUGAUGAAGAAUGUUAACAGAAUCAAUAUCACAAUAGAUUUGUGGAAGUUGGGGAAAAAAAUCCAAUAUAUGGUCAUUACGGCUCAUUUUGUAGAUGAUGACUGGCAAUUACAAAAGCGUGUCCUCAACUUUUGUAAUGUACCACCUCCACAGAUUGGUGUUAUCAUUGCUGAUGCCCUUCACAAAUGUUUAGUUGAAUGGGGAAUUGAAAACAUGGUGGCUACUAUUACAGUUGACAAUGCUUCAUACAAUGAUGUUGCUUUGAGGGUCUUGAAAGAAAACUUUGCCAUGAAGAAGAAAUUACUAUUAGGCAGAAAACUUUUUCACAUUCGUUAUUGUGCAUAUAUCCUCAAUAUCAUGGUGCAAUAUGGCCUUAGUGAAAUUGGAGAUAUUGUUGAUGGUGUUCGUGAAGGUGUAAAGUGUUUGGUUGCAUCAGAAGCUCGUCUUCUUCAAUUUAAUGAAAUUGUUAAACAGUUGUACCAAGAGAGGGAUUUGGGUUUUAUUUAUGUGCCUAGCCUUGAAGAUUGGAUAAAAGUUGAGAGUGUGUGUCAAUUUUUGGCAAUUUUCAAUGAAGUCACAAAUAUCAUUUUUGGAAGUGACUAUCCAACUUCUAAUUUGUUCCUUACAGAGGUGUGGAGAAUAAAAGAGACAUUGAAUGAGAAAUCAGUGGAUGACAAUGAAUACAUUUGA